AUGUCACCCAAUAUCAGAGGCCCUCAGUGCCCAAGGAUGAUCCACCUCCACAAGAAGUUCAGGUGCAUAGCGUUUGGUUAUUGUGGCUCAUGCAAUACCUCCAGUUACUCGGAUGGCAUUAGGAAGAAACACAUGGGUUACUGUUUUAUGCAGAAAGCUAAGAGAUUGGUGGCACUAGAGGGGAAAUUACCUAUUGUAGCAUCACAUGGGGCUGAGAUUGAAACAUAUAACACCCUUCAUCCUGGUGUUCGUGUGCUCAUAUUGAAAGCCUUAUGUGACAUUCUAGUUGAGCCAUCUCAGGUUGAAUAUCGGGCCCCACUUCCUGUGAAGCCAAAUAAUCAUCUUAGGAUUCCUGGUCAAACUAGGUCAAUGCAAUUAGACACACCUCUAGAAAUCACUCGAAAUGGACUGGUGGAGGAAGGUGGUGCUAAAGCUGAACUUCAGGUGUGGGGUGUUAUGGGAAAAUACGCUGCAGGGGAACUGAAGCCACCUUCUCUUGUAAUGGCUUCUUCACGUGGAUCUGGAAAGCAUCCACAGUUAAUGCCAUCUACACCAAGGUGGGUUGUUGCUAAUGGCGCAGGUGUAAUUUUAAGUGUAUGUGAUGAGGAAGUUGCUCGUUAUGAAACCGCUACUCUAACUGUAGCUGCUGUUCCUGCUCUAUUACUUCCUCCUCCAACAACAGCCAUGGAUGAGCAUCUUGUUGCAGGGCUUCCUGCUUUAGAGCCUUAUGCAAGGCUCUUCUAUAGGUACUAUGAUAUUGCUAGUCCAAGUGCUACUCAAAGACUUCUUCUUGGAUUAUUAGAAGCACCACCGUCAUGGGCUCCAGAUGCUCUUGAUGCAGCUGUUCAACUAGUCGAGCUUCUUAGGGCAGCUGGAGAUUAUGCAUCUGGGAUGCGGGCAAGUUAA